GUCAUCCAAGGCUCCUGAGGAGAGCUCUCAGAGUGGUGGGGCAGCCAUCCCUGUUUCUAAGCCAUGCAUACUCCAUUGGAUGGGAGCAAACUGAGUGGCCUCCCAGGGUCACUGGCACCCCAGGGGCCUGCCUGGGGAGCCGAGCAGGCUAGGGCUGGCACUCGAUGAGGUGGCUGGGCCUGGCCAUGGUAAUGGCAGCGUGCUGACCCACACCCUGCCCAGGGAGGUGUCGGGCAGCCCCUCACUGCCGCCCCACGCACCGCGGCCUCGCCUUUGUGUGAGCUCCACCGUGUUUACUCUCGCACUUCCUUGUUCCACUGCAGUGCGAGGGCCAUAAACCGCCCAGCUGGCACGGCUGAGCCCUCGGUAGCAGGGACAGGAGGAAGAGGAGGGAGGGGGAUGGCGGUCAUGCCCUGGCUCUGUGCUGGAAGGGCACCCCAGGUGCCGCCGUGGUGGUUGGGAGCGCAGCCCUUCCUCUAGGGCUGGUGCCACCAUCCCCGGUGCGUCUCUCAUGCCCACUGGCCACCCUCAUGCCCGUGUCCAGGGGCACACCAGGAUGGAAUAAGACCUAUUUCCCCUUCUUCUCGGACUUCAGGGGCCACAAUGUGACGGCCUUGCGCAUCGGCGAGUCAUGUGCCCUGUCCUUCAUCUUCGUGCUGUCGUUAGCGGGAAACAUCUGGGGCAUCUGCCUGCUGGUGAGGCGGCACCGCCGGCUCUGUGCCGCCAACUGCCUCGUCCUCAACCUCUUCUGCGCCGACCUGCUCUUCAUCACUGCCAUGCCCUUCAUCGCCGUCGUGCGCUGGACCGAGUCCUGGGUGCUGGGCAACUUCGUUUGCCACCUGCUCCUCUAUGUGGUGAGCUUGAGCGGCACCGUCAUCCUCCUCUCCCUGUCGGCCGUCAGCCUGGAGCGCUUCGUCAGCAUCGACAUUUAUAUUUGCACCCUGAAUUGGCCCAGCACUGCAGGAGAAACAGUCUGGGAUACAACCUUUGCCAUUGUUUUCUUUCUGAUACCAGGAUUCAUCAUUGUCAUCAGUUACUCCAAAAUCUUACAGAUUACAAAAGCAUCAAGAAGAAGUUUAAAUGCUGGUUUAGCCUAUCCAGAACGUCAUCAGAUUCGUGUUUCCCAGCAAGACUACAAACUAUUCCGAGCCCUUUUUUUGUUGAUGAUCUCUUUCUUCAUUAUGUGGACUCCAAUAAUAGUAAUUAUUUUUUUAAUUUUAGUUCAGAACUUCAAAGAAGAUUUAAAUAUUUUGCCAUCAGUUUUUUUCUGGAUAGUAUUAUUCACUUUUGCCAACUCUGCUGUCAAUCCAAUUCUGUAUAAUGUUGCCUAUUUCAGACGUAAAUGUCAGGAAAUUUUUCUCUGUUGUACAGGGAACCCUGAAAGGCAUAGAGCAGGUACAGAAACCACUGUAAGAAGAAGCAACCAUGAACAGCCACAUUUGUCUUUCAUUACCAGAUAAUUAUUUAAAGUCUGAGCUAUGCUACAUUUUGGAUUUUGUCUAUGCUAUCCCAGGUCAUAUAGGUCAUUAUGUUAUAGUAUUACAUGCCAGAGGAGGAGGGAAAAAGCUAAAUACAUAUUUUUAAUUCCCGUGGGUAAAAUUCUCUUGACUUCAUUGCUUUGCCUCAGUAGGAUUUGGACAAUUUAAUUUAAGGGACUGAAUUCUCCUCUUACGCUGAAAUAAAUAGAAAUAUGGCAAUGAACUUGGUGAAUGUAAAAUAGUUGAAUUAAGUACUUAAAAGUUUCUAAUGAAAAUGUUCAUCCUCAGAAAGUAUCUGCUUUUUUUAAAAUCCAGUUUUUAAAGGGAACUUGAUUAAAAACUUCAAUAACUGUCUGCCUGAAUGUAAGUUUGAGCAGACUAACUGAAACAAGGUAAUGAACAUGUGUUAUCAUCAAGUAAAUGACUAGUUUGGUUCCAUCUCAAAUUAAAAAUAUGGACUUAAUACAUGAGAAUUAAUAAGUAAAGAAUAAAUAAAUAAAUGGUUAAUCAU